CACAGUCUGAGUUAAAAGUAGAAUCGACAACGCAGAGCAAGUAUGGAGUCCUUGCUCAAGUCACCAAUGAAGCUUGUGCUUUUGACAGCAUGGCUCUCCAGUCUGAUGGACCCAUGCAGCCUCUCUGACAUUUGUGAUUCUUGUCACCAACUCGCAACGUGCAAGGCCCUGAACGGAUCAAACCAUGCCUGCUUCUGCAACAAUGGAUACACUGGAGAUGGAACUUCAUUUUGCUAUGAUGACAACGAGUGCCAGAAUGUGACUAAUAUCUGCGGGGACAGGGGGAGCUGCACCAACACCGCGGGCAGCUACUACUGUACAUGUGUCUCUGGAUACACAUCAACGGGGCUGGCUGAGUUCCAGCCCAACGAUGGCACUGAAUGCAUCGAUAUUGAUGAAUGCAAGUCCGGACAGGUGUGUGGACCAAACUCACACUGCCAGAAUACGAAUGGAUCUUGCUAUUGCAACUGUCAGCGUGAUUACAUCCCAACUUCAGGCACUAAGCACUUUCAUCCAGAGAGAGGUGUAAGAUGUAAAGAGCAUCCCCAAAAAUACUGCCAUGACAACAUCGGGUGCAUCACACAGACUGUCAACAAAACACUUGAAUAUAUGAGCAACCUCACAGAGCCCCAGAGUCUACUGAAGGAAAUUGCCAAGCAGACGUCCGGCGAACUCACCUCAGUGGAAGUGAUCGCAUAUGUUGAGGCCUUGAGUCGAUCCGCAUCAACACUGGCCGCCGGAGGAAAGGAUUACACUGUCAAACCAUCCGUCAUCAACUCCACACUUACAAAAUUAGUGGAAGCAGUAAACAACUUGGUGGAGAAGGAUGAACUGGUGGCUUGGAGCCGAAUGAAAGAAGAGCGACGGGAACGAACCGUCACCAAGCUGCUACACACUGUUGAGGAAAGUGCUCUGACUCUGGCUAACAACUACAAAACUCCAGCUGAGCUCCAAAUCAAAGCCACAGAAAUGGAACUGAAACUCUUUACCUUUGAUGCUCGUCACAUAAAAGCCAAACUGUCUGCCUCGAUGGGUGGUGAUCAUAUCCAUCUAACUCCAAAACUGAAACCAGAGGAGGAUAGGAAUGGAAGUGUGUCAGUGGUGUUUGUGCGAUACGACAGCAUCGGUGACAUCCUGAAGCCGAGCAGCGACCCGGGUGUCACCGACUCCUCUCGCUAUGCAGAGGCUGGGGAAAUCACUGUCAACUCCCAAGUCAUCGCUGCUGCCGUCAAACCUGCUGACGUUUACCAACUCGACCACGUCUCCUUCACUCUGAGACACAGCGAGCCCGUCGACACGACAGCUGAUGUGACCACGUGUGCUUUCUGGGAGUACGAGCCAGAGAGCCUCCGGGGCCACUGGGCCACUCACGGCUGCAAGACGGUCCACGUCAGCAGCAAUGCAACCACCUGCUCCUGCAAUCACCUCACACACUUUGCCAUCCUCAUGUCCUCUGGGAGAGCCAAUCUGGUCGCCCACUACACCAUCCUGACCCGGAUCACCCAGCUGGGGAUGAUCAUCUCCCUCAUCUGUCUGUCUAUGUGCAUCUUCACCUUCUGGUUCUUCAGUGAGAUCCAGAGCACCAGAACCACCAUCCACAAGAACCUGUGCUGCAGCCUCUUCAUGGCCGAGUUCAUCUUCCUGGUGGGGAUCAACAUGAACACACAUAAGCUUUUCUGCUCUGUUAUUGCCGGGUUGCUGCACUAUUUCUUCCUCGCGGCCUUUGCCUGGAUGUGCAUCGAGGGCAUCCAUCUGUACUUAAUUGUGGUCGGCGUCAUCUACAACAAAGGCUUCCUGCACCGCAACUUUUACAUCUUCGGCUAUGGGAGCCCUGCGGUGGUGGUGGCCAUCUCGGCAACACUCGGCUCCAAGUAUUACGGCACUGAUAAAGUGUGUUGGCUGAGCACAGAAAACCACUUCAUAUGGAGUUUCAUUGGGCCGGCGUGUUUGAUCAUUCUGGUUAAUCUCUUGGCUUUUGGAGUAAUCAUCUACAAAGUGUACCGGCAUACUGCUGUGAAAAAGCCGGAAAUCAGCCACUAUGAAAAUAUCAGGUCCUGUGCCCGUGGUGGCUUGGCUCUGCUGUUUGUGCUGGGAGCCACCUGGACUUUAGGAGUCCUGCACAUCCUCAAUGAGACCACCCUCACUGCCUAUCUGUUCACCAUCGCCAACACCUUCCAGGGCAUGUUCAUCUUCAUCUUCCUCUGCGUCUUGUCUAGAAAGGUAAUAAAUAACCUUUGGUCCCUUGAGUUGUGUUUUCUAAGAUGUAUCUAUUCAACAUUAUUCGUGUGGCUAUAGUUGUGGUCAGUAAGCAGUUCACAUCAAGACAAAGGAAGGUAAAUUAGUUGCUAAUGAGCAGCAUGAUAGUAUGUUGAUAGAAAGGAAAUAAACAAUCUUUUUGCCAUUUAGAAAAUGUUAUUUGAAAAUGUUAUUCUAUAACAGUAGAAGAAGCAUGAAGAUACGGUAUGGUUUGUUAAAGUAUCAAUACCAGAAAGAAAAGAAUACUCCAAUACAAUUAAAAAUCUUAAUGUAGAAGUACAUAUACGUAUUAGUGUAAAUUACAGAAUUUUUUUUUUUUGAAAUGAUUCAUGCGAAAUUGCCAGAUUCAUAGUGCUAUGUUUUAUAAUUUCUGUAUUGUUACAUUUUGAGCAGAAUAAAACACAAUUUUCCCACUGAAGAUAAGGUAAAGGAAUAAAUAUUGAUAACAUGUCAAUACUCAAGUAACUCAUGGUAUUUAAAUUCUACAUUUUUUAUCCAAUUCUGACCUUCCUGAAUGUGUCAUUGCAGAUUCAGGAGGAGUACUACAGACUUUUCAAAAACGUGCCAUGUUGUUUUGAAUGCCUGAGAUGAAGAACCGCGACCGAAGCCUGAUCCCUUAUGCUGUACAAUAAUAGUCGACGCUUUCAGUUUUGAAAAACAGUACGGGAGGAAUUUAGAACAGAUGUCUUACAAAUGAGCACUCAUCAUUCGUAAACAUCUUUUCCCCCCUGUUAAAGACUGCUCUAUACGUUUGUUUUACAUACAAUAGAAAUAGACUUCUGUAUCAAUAUUUUCACAUUAUACAUACUUCUGUGUAAAGCAAAAUAUAUAUAUUUUUUUCAGUUUAAUUUAACGCCUCUGCAGUUUCUGGCAUUACACUUCAUAUAACACAGUUUGUUGUCUCUGUUCCUUUCUGGUGUUUGAAAUUGAUUUGUAAAUUAUUAAAAAUGAAUGUGGCAAACUAACGCAUCUCUGCCGCUCACAUUUAUGUGCAAAAUCAAUAAUCUUGUUUAAUGCAUUCUCCACCUCCCUUUUAUGAAGAUCACACAGUGUACAGUAUAUUUGAGUUGAAUUGUCAGGAUGGUUUCACACGAGGGCAUUGCAGAAGGUCAACAGCCCCCUCUACUGGACACAAUGAGGAACCACAUAUGACACAGAGCUGGCAACACUUUGGUUAUUAUACCCACCUGCAUCAUCUGCACUAGCUCCUCGUUGUGUACGUGUUGAUGUGUGUAGCAUGUUGGUCCAUGUGAGCCAUGUUGUAGCCCUUUAAGGUCUUUUGAUACUGGGCUGUACAGAAAUACAUAUUGUGGUCGAACCUUUAUUUUCCUGCAGUGUUUUUUGCCUUAUUGCUGCAA